ACACUACAGCGCAUGCGCAGAACUGCAGGGUGCUAGGGAGCAGUGACAGAGCUGAUCUCUCAAACACAAACACACAUAGCAGGUUCGUACUGUACAGGAACAUGUCUUCUUCCUCCCUGACGAAGACUCCCCGCGUGUAGGACUUGUCAUCACCUCCCCAGGCAGCGGUGGACAAACUGCUGGUUCCGCUCCGGAGAUGGCGUCCCUGUGGGGGUCGGGUCCAAACGUUGGCUCUUCCUCUAUCUUCCUGGACAAUAGCACCUGCUACAGAGACACAAACAACACCGUCCUCAGUGGAGUCCCAUUUGGAGGAGUGCCGGUCGUGCUGUUGCUGGAUUUUUCUGUCUUUCUGGUGCUGGUGGUCAUCUUCUCGAUUAUCAGGAGGAAGUUUGGGGACUAUGGGCGAUUAGCUCUGGUCGCAGACAACGAAGGGCUCACAAAGGGAACGUACAGUCGCAAAAGACUCACGUCAUCAUUUGCGUCUACUGAGGAUGAACAGGGAUUCUGCUCUUGGCUUCCUUACAUCAUCAGCAUGAAUGAUGACAAAGUGAAAUCCAAAAGUGGCCCGGACGCUGUUCACUACUUAUCCUUUCAGCGCCAUCUGAUCUUCUUGCUGUCCAUCAUGACUGUCAUCUCCCUGUCAGUCAUACUGCCAAUCAACCUGAGUGGAGACCUACAAGGUGAUGACCCCAAGAGUUUCGGAAGGACAACUAUUGGAAAUCUUUCAAAUGGAAACAACCUGUUGUGGGCGCACACCGUGGUUGCAGUUGUCUAUUUGAUCCUGACAGUUCUUCUUCUGCGACGUCACACAUCUCAAGUACAAGACAUAAGCAGAGAGAUGACCAGAAACACCUUGUUUGUGCGUUCGGUUCCUAAAACAGCGAAAGCAGAAGAUGUUAAGGCCCAUUUCAUAGAGGCGUACCCGACCUGCGAAGUGUGCGCUGUGACCUUGGGCUAUGACGUGACCAAGCUCAUGAGCCUUGAUCGGGAGAGGAUUCGAGCAGGAAAAAACCUGCGCUACUAUGAGCGUGUCCUAGAGAAAACAGGACAACAUGAGGUGAUUAACCCUCGUUUGUGUGGACAACUCUGUUCCUGCUGCAACUCUGAGAAGGUUGAUGCCAUCAAGUACUACAGUACUAAAGAGAAAGACCUUCUUGGAAAGAUGAGGGAGCAGGUGGAACUGGCACCAACGCACCCCCUGGGGAUGGCCUUUGUGACCUUGCAGACCGAGGCCAUGGCCAAGUUCAUUCUGAAAGACUUCAACGCUAUCAAGUGUGUUGGCACAACGUUCUGUUGUGGGAGUGAGCAACAGCCCUCGUCCUAUAGUGAACUUCUGAAAGUAAGCAAGUGGAGUGUCAGCUUUGCACCUCAUCCCAAUAAUUUCUACUGGGAGAAUCUGUCAGUGAAGGGUUUUUACUGGUUCGGGCGCUUCGUGAUAAUCAAUCUGUGCCUCUUCACCGGGCUCACCUUCCUCACGACUCCCACCAUCAUUAUGAACACCAUCGACAAGUUCAAUGUGACAAAACCCAUCAGCUAUCUCAACAGCCCCAUUAUCAGUCAGUUUGUCCCAACUCUGCUGCUGUCGACCUUCUCUGCAUUGCUUCCCACCGUGGUCUACUAUUCCACUCUAGGAGAAGCACACUGGAGCAGGUCCAGUGAGCAGCUGAGCAUGAUGCGUAAACUCUACAUAUUCCUGCUUUUCAUGGUGCUCAUCCUCCCCUCACUCGGACUCACCAGUCUCGCAGUUUUUUUCCGCUGGCUGUUUGAUCAAACGUUCCUCAUGGAAGGGACACUGAGGUUUGAGUGUGUGUUUCUACCUGACCAAGGGGCGUUUUUUGUCAACUAUGUGAUCGCAGCGGCUUUCGUGGGCUCUGGGAUGGAACUGCUGCGGUUGCCAGGGUUAUUGCUUUACAUCAUCCGUUUAGGAUUCGCACGCUCUGCUGCUGAAAGGAAAUAUGUCAAACAGAGCCAAGCCUACGAAUUUGAAUAUGGAGCGAUGUAUGGCUGGACCCUCUGUGUGUUCACCGUUGUUGUGGCUUACAGCAUCAUUUGUCCCAUCAUUACGCCUUUUGGUCUACUCUACAUGCUGCUGAAGCACAUGGUGGACAAACACAACCUGUACUUUGUCUACCUGCCUGCCCGCCUAGACCGCCGUGUCCACCUGGGAGCCGUCACUAAAGCUAUGGCCGCGCCCAUCCUCUGCCUAAUAUGGCUUUACUUCUUCUCUGUCCUGAGAACAGGCUUCUGGACUUCCACAUCUCUUUUCACACUGGUGGUUCUGUUUAUCACCGUCUUCAUCUGCAUCAGCUACACGUGCUUCGGCUGUUUCAAAUACCUCAGCCCUCACAACUAUACGGGGAAAGAAGAUGACGAGGAAGAAGUGGCUGAAGAAAAUGCUCUGUUACAGGUCUACCUCCCCAGAGUGCUUAAUCCAGAAUCACCUGCCAGCACCUUACAGGGGUCCAAACAUAAGUCGUAUGGAGCCACAGACAGCAGCCUGACCGGCAGCUUCAGCCCAGUAGAGGGAAGCCUGUCAACCGAUCCAGUGCAUUUAAUCACAGAUCAUCAGAGUCAAGAUUUCCGCGACUCCUGAUUAUAAUAUCUUUUCAUUUGCAAAUAGGCCUCUAUCAUUGCAUCCAUGAUGCAGCAUUACGCACAAGUGUCACAGCAGUAUAUAUUUACAGGGGGAUUACUACACACCUUGAAAAUUGAUCACGACAAUCAGUGCAUUGGGGAUCCACUCUGGGAAAUUAUUUGGGAAUGGAGGUUUAAAGGUGAACACAGUUUAUGUAUUUCUAAGUGGCUCUGUGGGCCUGGCAGCACUGUCACGUUCACUGCAGCGCUAUAUGAAAAGUAAUGUCAUGUCUUGUUGAUACAUACAGAAGGUUAGAAGACUGCUAAAACUGCUAAUUGCUUUGUUGUGCUAUUUAAUGGUAUCUGAUUGCAAUUUGCUCUUGGUUGAGUUAUAUCUUUUAUACUUGAAGGUUCUUAUGAAACAGUUAUGUUUUAACAGCACAAAUAACACUGCUGGUUUCAAUGUUUAUGAUAAAGUGGAGCGAUGAUCUGGCAUCAAUUCACCACCUUACGUCUGCAUCACCACUUUCCUGUCCCCAAAAUGUUCCUAAAUAUGGGUCAGAGCUUGCGUACAAGUUCACACAUUUUCCCGUCAAGUUUCUUUAUACCCAACUUUAGAGAGCCCACUACAUGCAUAUGCACCAGUUAUAAAUGAGGCCCCAGCACUGUCCCAAUCCACAAGAGUCCAACGUGAAACCUACCUGCUCUUAAUCUUGUCACAAAACACAUGUUGUAUGUUUCUGUACGAGAUCUCUCUCUGAUAAGGACCAAGUCACCAAGGAAUGUUCAACCAAAACCUGCCAUUUAAUCAAGCCAUAAUGUUUGUGGGGAAAAGCACAGAAAUUGAUUUCAUUGCACAUGAAUUGUAAGAGGCGAAAAAUGCAAUUAACUAGAUAAUCAAGCUACUGCCGCUGACGCCAAAGAGGAGCUCUCUGUGUGUCUCCACAUUUCUCCACAGUGCCUUUUUUGAUGCUACAUGAUGACAUCUCCUGCCAAGGGAAUCAUUUUUGACCUAAUUGAUAAUGCACUUUUUGGAUCUCUUCUUCUGUGUAGUAACAAUAGCUAAAUUUCUUCUUUAGUAAGACAAGAGAACAAAUAUUUGUAUCAGUAUUCCAGGCAUUUUUUACCCACAAGUGAAUAUUUAAGCUACAUAUUGCCAUGGUUAGAGGUGUUAUUUUCAUUGGGGUUCAAGGUAAAAAGAGAAUGCUGUAUGAUGAAUGAACGAAUAUUUUUGAAAAGGUCAAUAUUUUUUUCUAUUUAAUGUACUAUGGAGUCAUGUGUUUGCAGCUUUGUGCAUUUUAACAAAUAAAUAAACCCUUAAAACUU